GAUCACGUGGAAAUCUAUAGUUCACCCAGUCAUCCGUGCAUCGCACUUAACUUUCCUACGCACUCAGUGAUGAGAAGAGAAUGACUUUAUUACUCGGAUGUUUGUUUUAAAAAAUAGAAGAAAAAAAAACAGUUGGAUGUGUUUAGAGCAUGUAAGGAGCGAGGCGCCGUGCACACUAUCUCACUUGCUCCAGUUAGCAUUAACAAGGCGAGGUUCUGGCGACUUGCUCCACUGCUCUGCUGGCACUGCUGGGCUCCUGAUCUGCUUUUCAAGUGACUUUGUAAGCAGGCAUUGAGAGGCAUGUUGCGGCGCGGGGUGACGGGAUUGGUGAGGAGGCUGCAGAAAGAGCACAGUGCCUGCGGUGCUGUGACCAUCUCCACCACCAGGCCAGCAGCGGGAACAGCGUCAUCUCGCCCAAAAUUGAAAGUCCAUCAGCCAGAGUGCUUAAAACAACCCAUCAAUGUUCCCAGCAAACUUCUGAUGGGUCCUGGUCCUGCCAACAGUCCCCCGCGAGUCCAUCAGGCCAUGCUCAAGCCUUUGCUGGGUCACUUACAUCCAGAGUUCAUUCAGAUAAUGGAUGAAGUAAAAGAAGGGCUACGCUACUUGUUCCAAACGAGGAGCGAGGUGGUGUGUUGCGUGAGCGGCACAGGCCAUGCAGGGAUGGACACCACCAUGUGUAACCUGCUGGAGCCCGGAGACGUGAUCCUCAUUGCUGAAAAUGGGAUCUGGGGUGAGCGAGCUGCUGACAUGGCCACAAGACACGGUGCUGCUGUCCGCACGAUAAAGAAACCUGCGGGUGAUGUCUUCAGUCUGGAUGAGCUAGAGGCGGCUCUGGAGCAGCAUAAGCCAGCUGUCCUCUUCCUGGUGCAAGGCGAGUCCUCUACGGGCGCCCUGCAACCCAUCGAGGGCGUGGGCUUACUAUGCCAAAAGUACAACACACUGCUUGCUGUUGAUGCCGUGGCUUCCCUAGGGGGGGUGCCCUUCUUCAUGGAUGACUGGGGUGUGGACGUCGUGUACACAGGUACUCAGAAGGUCAUCUCGGCUCCCCCAUCCAUGGCCCCCAUCGCCUUCAGUCACCGAGCCAUGUCAAAAGUGAGUGCCCGCCAGACCCCGAUACACAGCUUCUACUCAGACAUAACGUGGCUAGCGAAUUACUGGGGUUGUGACGGAGUCCCUCGCAAAUACCACCACACCGGCCCCGUGAGCUCAGUUUAUGCUCUGCGGGAAGCCCUAGCACUGGUGUGUGAGGAAAGUCUUGAAUCUCUCUGGGCUCGCCACGCUGCUUGUGCUCAGAGACUGCACGAAGGCCUAGCUGCUCUUGGACUGCAGCUGUACAUCAGUGACCCUGCCAAGCGAGUGCCAACCGUCACCACCAUAAGGGUUCCUGAGGGAAUGGAUUGGAUGAAGGUUACAAAAUACUUCAUGACCAAGUAUCAAGUGGAGAUCAGCGGAGGGCUGGGACCCAGUGCCGGCCAGGUGUGGCGUGUGGGGCUCAUGGGAUACAACUGCACUGUAGAUAAUGUUGAUCGUGUCCUUACAAUUAUGAAGGAAGCACUGGAUCAAUAAACUCUUGCCAGUAGCAGCUUC